AUGUCCGCCAGAUUCCGUGGUCACUAUCUUCGCUACCUAUUCGGCGAUCCGAACCACUUCUCCCGCCUCUACGCCUCCUUGGCGCCCCAAUCUGAUGAUGCCCCGCUCUCCUCCGACUCAGCUUGGGGUCUCUUUGUUGGUUGGUUACUCUAUCGUCUCCUCUACUGUGACUCACAGGAUACAGAGAGCCCACCCCGUGUAGUUUCCCUCCUGACCUCAAGGUUUCCCCCAGACCUUGUCGAUGUUGUUUCGAGUCUGGAUCCCGAUCUCGCCCUCCUUCGUCUCAGCCAUCGACUCGAUACACUCAAGGUCAGUUCAUAUGUCUACGCCUUGUCCACACUUUAUCUGCCAACUUUUUGGCAGUUUGUCUUGUUCGAGGCUGUAAGAACGAUAUGCCUAGUCCCGUCUUCCGAGAAAAAUGCGACUGGUUACUAGGCUGUUUUCGACGUCUGAAAUUACUCAAGUAGCCUAUCUCUUCUCGUCUUACGCAUCUGGACGGUAGCUUAAGUUGUUUUUUUAGUCCUACGAACCCAGGCAGGGUUGGACCGUUGCGAAUGCAGUGACACACGACUUGGCUAACAGCCUAUACACAUUGGAUGCACUAACUCGUGAAAUGUUAACCCAAAUUCUGAAAUCCGUUUUCGACUCGAAAAGAUUGCUUAUUUAGGGUUAUAAUAUUAAUUUUCACACAAUAUAAUCCCUAAAAUAUGUCAGUUACGUCAGAAUGCUGGCUUUUAAACGAACUUCUUUCCGACCGUCUGCAAAACUCACUGCAAAAAGGGCUACUUGAGUAGCAGGAGUUUUUCUCAUUGAUUUUCAAUGUACUUAUAAAUUCAAAUAUAUCUCAUGGAAAUCAUACAUAAAAAUUUUUAUUCUUUUAUUUAUUUGGUAGAAAACUACGUCUUCUUUAAAUUGCACACUUGAAGGAAGGGCAUAAUUCGGUUUUAAAAGGGUUUCUAAUUAUGGGAUUUUUUAAGACCCGGGCGUGCCUGUGCAUAAAACAUCGUGUCUGCCUUUACUAUUGCUUGUACAGUUAACAAUAUGGCGCAAGUCCACUCGCAAAUCAAUAAAUCCCUGUACGGUCUCCUCUUAAUACCAUAGAGGAAUGUACAUAUAUGUACGUGUUGACAUGAAGUGAGAAGAUAAAUGGUUUUAAAGGAAAGUUACUAGAACAUGGCCCACAACAAGCGCAGGGGUUCACAUGAAUUCAUUUGAGCCCGAAGGACCGGCCUACCGCCGCUUCUGCCGGUAUUUUGGUGGCGUCUUAGAUCCGUCUCCAUACGUAAUCAUCAACUCACUACGCUUUCACAACUAGUCAGCUUCCUUUUAAACAUUGCUUGUUCUUCGGAGACAAAAACUCAUGGGUAGAGGGGGAAGAGUUGGGCCCUUGGGCAGGCAGGCACGUUGCAUUCGCCAAAGCCAGUGUACCUCAGAAGACCCCGCUUAAUUUCACCAACCCAGCUCCUGCCGCGUUUUUUACUUCUACGUUUAUUUCACUGUUUUCUCCUAGCAAAUCCUUGUGACCAGUUUCUCAACCCUGCCUUCUCACCUUGCAGUCCUUCCACGAACGUAUGGCAUACAGAGAGACGGCACACAAACACCUCCUCUCUCUGGUCGACGUGCUACGCGCUCCCCUCGAUUCAAACCUCUUGACGGAGUUGUCCAAGGAGGAUGUCCGCUCACAGCUGCUGCGCGUCUUCGGAGCGGCUGGCACUCUUGUCCAAACCUGUGCCAGCCUCCUCUACCCCUCGCCUGUUCCUUGCCAGACCUCUGCCUUCGAACGUCUAGUUUCCGGUCUCCUGCUUGCACCGCGGCGCCUCUUUGAGCAGUCGACAUCAUCACCCUUCGUCUCCGGUCACAGUCGUGUUGCAGCUCAUCCACCGUCCUUCUUGGUGGACACUCUCAGAGAAUGCAUCGGCGAGCACCUGCCUCAAGUAACCCUCUCCCCUCUCUAAAGCUUUGUCCGUUUCGUCAUAUCUCGUGGUUUUCUGUCCCCCGCCUCGAGCUAGAAGACUUUCACGAAUGUAGGACGAGUAUUCGGGUCCCAGGCGCUUGUUGGAGUGAGGAAAAUUGGAACUGGUUGGCCACUGCAGCUGUCUCUGUACUACAGCAGCUUAAUGGCACGGCGUUGUAACCGAUCACCCGGGUUGUGUAACAAGUCGGGAAACUGUUGAAGGGUCGUAUACGCCUGUGGGGGUGGGAUGUCCCCAUCAGAUUUUCAAGCGUCGAUCCCUCCAACGCUGGCCUUCCUCUACGCCAAAAUAGUCAAAGCCCUGAGCCGGCCAAGGUGUAGGUAGUAAUGCUGAAGACUAGAUCUACUCACCACACAGCCAUUUUAUGUUCAUAUGUAUGCGAUAGUCUUUGGCUGGUCUGACCUAUAUAAUUACAACGACAGUUGUUGCAUGAACCUUAAGUACCUCGUGUUCCACGGUCCUUGUGAUCACUGGUCGAUUACGGAAGCUCAAACAAAUAAACUCAUGAUUCCGGUGCUACUCUAGAUAUUAUCGGUGAAUAAAGCCCUUGUUCCAGCGAUCGCUUCUUCCUCUGAUCAAGAGAUCUAUUUGUUUUAUUCUGAGUGUCAGGGCUGGGGGGUAACCCUCGCCGCCGCAACAACCAAUUUUCAGGACUGCAUCACAUCUACUAACUACUUUCAGCCUUGUAAUUCGGUUGUCUGCUCUUUCCCCGUUCGUGCUUUGUCCUCAACUUGCUUUCAUGUUAAUUUUUCAUACCAACCUCGACAGUUUCUUGGCGGAUUCGCCCAGCUGGGCUACGAAAAGGACUCCUACCUGCUUCGAUUGCUGCGCGACUUACUGCUCUUCGCCUACAGACAAAUCGGCGUGUCCUGGUUGGCGGUGAGUUUUAUGCGACCCUGGCAAUCUCCCAUCAGGCUCUUGUAGAGUUUUGUGUUUCACCUGUUCACACGACCAUCUACGUGUUGCAGCUUCUUUGCAGCUGCGGCACUCCUCAUACUGGGAGAGCGGAUUCCCUGUCUCACCACCCCGGAUAGGAAGCCCCGUUAUAAAGAUGGCCUUGUGCCAAAUCCCAGCUACUACGGUAGAUGCUAGUCGAGACUGAAAUGCGUUUCUGGCUUUAAAAGACUACUUACAGUAGGUGGGCCAACUCAUGAGAUGUCAACAGGACGUCCAAAGUGCGUUUUCGUUUCGAAAAGAUUAAUUAAGCAGGGUUGUAAAACCAAACGUCAUAGAGCAUAAUUUUAUGAUAAUUCAAUUACCUCAGGACGCCGGCUUUCGAAUGAACUUCCUUUCGGCCGCAUUCAAAAACCAUGCUCCGUAAAAAAUGGCCACUUACGUAGCAUGCAUUUUUUUCAUUGCCUUUCGAUGCUCCUAAAAGUCCAAUUAUAUUUCGUGGAAAACAUGCAUAAAAAUAUUCAUUCUUUUGCGCAUUCGGUAGAUAAUUACGUCUUCUUUCAAUCUUAUACCCGGAGGAGGGACAUACUUCGAUUUUAAAAAAGUUUAUUAUUGUGGGACUUUUAAAUACCGUGACAUAGCCGUUCAUAAAACGUCAUGUCUCUGCAUUUACCAAUUUGGCUCAAAUCCACUGCUUUCUUUUAUGAACCCUAUAUGUUCCCCCUUUACUGCCGUAGAGAAAUGUAUGGUUUUCCGUACGCGGAAAUUAUACGGCUUGUAGUUUUGGACCCCUGAAUGCAAGUACAACGGCAGGUCGGGUUCAAAAUUAUUCGGGAAUUAGAAAAGUCUUAUAAGACCAAAUCGUACCCUUCCUUCGAGUGUAAUAUUAAAGGGAGACGUAAUUUUCUACUGGACGCUCAAAAGAAGGAAUAUUUUUAUGCAUGUUUUCCAUAAAAUAUAAUUUAAUCUUUAAGGGCAUCGAAAAUCAAUGAAAAAAUGCAUGCAGCCAAAGAAGUUUUUUCAAAGGCCGGCGUCCUGGGGUAAAUGAAUUAUUAAAGAAUUCUGAUGCACGAUGAUUGGUUUUACAACCGUACUUAAUUAAUCUUUUCGAAACGAAAACGCAUUUCGGAAUUUCUGUUGAGAUUUCAUGAGUUAGCCCACUUACUGUAAGUAGGCCCGCAGUAUUAAUUAUCGUACAGCAUAAUCCUAAGAUAUUUCAGUCACGCUGGGACGCCGGCUUUUGAGUGAAUUUCUUUCGACCGUCUGCAAAAACUACGCUCUAUACAUAAAUGGCUACGGAAGUAGUACGAAUUUUUGCCGUCCACUUUCGACUUCCUCAUAAAUUCAAACAUAUUUCAUAGAAAGCAGGCACAAAAAUAUUCUUUCUUGUACUCCACUGCUAGCAAACUACGUCUUCUCCGAAGUCCAUACUUGAACAAAGGCCAUCUUUCGGUCCUAAAAAGUUGCUGAUUGUGUGAUUUUUAAGACCGUGAAAUAUCGGAUCAUACAGCAUUGCAUCAGCACGUUACGGUAAGGGUCGGCUGCGCUGUCCUGGUCCCAAGUGUAAGCACAAUGUGUGUGGAUGCUGGAUGAAAUGAAAAAGGCAAUCUGCCACGAGAUUGAAGGAAGCCUAGAAUCCCCGAAAAAGCCCUAGUUGACAGGACACGCGGGACAUAAAUACUCCAAACCUAACGGUAAACCUCUACGUAACCUCAAAAGUAAACCUAGUCCUUGGCGUAACUACAUACCUAACGCCAACCCUAAACUUAACACUAAACUUUACCCUAUACCUACCACAAACUCUAGCCUUAAACCUAACCUUAACCCUGACCCAAAUCCUAACCGUAACCCUAACCCAACCUUAACACUAAACAUAAACCUAAAUCGAAAUCCAAACCCGAACUCUAACUCUAACCAGAACCCUUAAACCUAACACAAGCCUUUACCCUAAACUCAAUUCCCAGCCGAACUUCAUCCUGGACUUGGACCAGUACAGGGGAUAUUCUAUAAAGUCCUCAGAGCACAAAACUCCGUUCAAUGUAAUCGCCAGAACGAAAUUUAUUGCGAAGCCAAUCGGCAUAGCAGGAGUGACAAGAGCCUCCAGAAAUUCGGCGAUUUAAUGAAUUUGACUGCAGCCGUGUUGUUUACACCAUUAUUUUAAUUAAAAAUCGAUUGCACCGACCACGGCCUCAAAGUUAUCGAUCGACGAAUGCGAAAAUAGGACUUAACAUUUUCCUCACGUGGUGACUUCCACCAGCCUGUUCGAAUGUACUCCUUGAAGUAAUCGGGCAUCUGUCGUUGGAACCGCUUCCCUCAGUAGGGGCACUAACAGCCCUAAUUUGAUCGGUGGGACGACUUAUGUUGCCUCCUAAACCAGACAUGGGAGUAGAAACGCCCCGACCAAAGGGGCGAAAUGUUCCCUUGACCCAGCCCCAAUAAUAAACCUGAUUCAUAGAUGUUUUGGUAAAUUUUUGAAUAAUUCAUAUUGACCCAAAUGUGAAAAACUCGGCGCCUCGGCGGGAUUCGGACCCACGCAGUAAGGGGGAAGGCUUUAGUGCAGCCAACGCUCCAACCACUUGAGCUACGAGGCCCCGCCGGACGACGCCAGUUUAAUCACAUUUGGGUCAAGUUACCCGCCCAAUCUACUGCAAUGUCUGGAAUCCACCAAAUCGGAUACAGUAAGUUGACUGCCCAAGCAGGAUUUCCUAAGUAAUUCACCUAGAAUCUACCAGAUGACUACCAGGCUCACGUAAUUUACAGACGUUCUGGUGGAUUUUGAAUAAUUCAUAUUGAUUGUUAAUUCAUUAAUUAUCUCAUUAUUUAUUGUUAAUUGACACUGAUUAAACUCGCGUCGUCCGGCGGGGCCUCGUAGCUCAAGUGGUUAGAGCGUUGGCUGCGCUAAAGCCUUCCCCUUACUGCGUGGGUUCGAAUCCCACCGAGGCGCCGAGUCUUUCACAGUUGGGUCAAUAUGAAUUAUUCAAAAUCCGCCAAAACAUCUAUAGCUAACCAAAACCCUAAAACUAACUCUACCAUUAAACCGAAACAGCAGGUUGCCCUUUUCAGUUUUAGCUCUGGCAACUUUCUCACUAACGAUUUCAGCACCCACCCUCGGCUUACUUUACUUUCAAUGCCCACACUGCGCUUACACUUGGGGCCAGGGCAGCGUAACCGACCCCAUCCGUCGCAAAAUUUUAUAAUCCCUGUGUGAAACCUUAAUAGCUUCAUGUAAUAUAGGAUUUUCCGGCUAGAUCGCAGUUGGUAGCCAGGCCCCAUAUUACAGGUGGGGGGAAGGGUUGUUUCCUGGGACUAUUUUUUGGGGCUCCGUAAUCACAUCUUACCCACUUGGCUUCCGUUUUACGCUUGAGGUUAGGAUUAGGGUACCGGUUGGUGGUUUUCGAGUGAGGGUUAUGCCUUUAGGCUAAGGUUUUCGCGUUAUUGUUAGGGUUUGAGCGUACGAAUAGGCUUCAGUAUUACGGUUAGGUUUUUCAGUUACGGCUAUUUCUAAGGGCUACGGUUACGUUUACGAUUUCGGUGAGGGUUAAGGUUGCCGUUAGGGUUAACGGUUAAUGUUUAAGGUUGCGGUUAGGGUUAGAGUUAAGGUCGCCGUCCGCUUCCCAUUCCUGGCUACCAACUGCGAUCCAGCCGAUUUUCCUUACACGUGAAAAUAUACGGCUUGUAGUUUGAAAAUCCUGAAUGCUAGUGUAAAGGCAGGUCGGGCUCAAAAUCAUUCGGGAGUCGUAAAAAGUUUUUAAAAACCGAAUGAUACUGUAUUUUCAAGUACAAAAUUUUGAGAAGACGUAAUUUCCUAUCAGCAGAGUCGAGGAGAGAUUUCCCCUGCGUGUUCUCGUGUUCUCUAUAAAAUAUGCUUGACUUUAUAUGGGUUUCCUAAUACAUAGGAAAGUAUCAUACUACUUAAGUAGUCCCUUUUUGCAGGAUGGGUCAUGUUGUUUCCUCCGUAUGCACGCCUCUUUUUAUCCUUACAGUCGGCCGUACUCGUGAGUCCAACUGCUGCCUUUCGAGCUCAUGUUUUGCGUGCGCUGUCGGAAGACAUCGUGGACCUCUUUAAAGGCGACAGCGAUACGGCUGUGACCUCAGGACAGCAGUCCACACGGGGUACCGAACGCGCCCGGAAAUUGUGUGACAGUGUAAGUCCCUCUCUCGCUCUCCCUCUCCCAGCCCUCGUUUCAUUUCAUAACUGCUGAUAGCCUCUCCGAAGCCAAAAGCAAGUCAUUUUCACUGUAGUUUCAAGGUCCUUUCUGGUGAAUGCUGGAAGUCCCUUUCUCGAGAACAUUCGUCGUCUUCACGCCAUUUUUGACCAAGGUCAAAAUAGGAAGUUAUAACUCGCUGCUCGACGCUUAACACGUGGUAAUUCUUUACCCGUUCUCGAUUACCGAUAUUUCUCGUUUAGUGCAAUUACCUGUAAGCCAUCAAGUCGAAACUAAUACUUACAGAGCGUUGUUCUUAUCCUCCGAUGAGAUAACUCGGAGAUACCUGUAGACGCAGGAGGCUUACCUGGUGUGCCUGGUUUCAGUCGACGCGUGCCGUUACGUGUUUUCCCAGCACGUGCACACGACCACCGCCCCCGAUCAGACUUCAGGUGUUUGCAGAAAAGGUAUUCACGUUUGUCUGACUCGAUAGCUACACUGACAAUCCUAGUGGCAUUUGGGAGUGGUUAUGUCCUUUAACGCCUUGUGUCCUUUUGGUUUCGACGAUUGCGCCCAGAGCUUUCGCUGAAAACCGGUUUGCCGACUGUUUUUGAGGGAUAAUCUCACCUCUCCGUGGCCUGUAUCUACAUCCUGUCAACGUGGCCACGUCUCCAGAGUUGGGCGCUCAGAAUACCCGCCUCUGGACGCCAGACCCAGGAGGGUGCGGUAGACGCCGCGCAAGUCACCAAUCCACACGACGGCCAUCGUCGUUCGCGACGGUUGGGGUGACUGGUUCGAGGAUUGAGAAUCAGGCUCAAUGGCUCCUUCUUAAGGUGGCCUCGGCUAGAUCGCAGUCGGUAGCCCGGAAUGGGAAGCGAACGGCGAACUUAACCCUAAUCCCAACCUUAACCCUAACUUUAACCGUUAACCCUAACGGCAACCCUAACCCUAGCCGAAAUCGUAAACUUAACCGUAGCCCUUAGACAUAGCCGCAACUGAGAAGCCUAAUCGUAAUAUUGAAACAUAUUCGUGCGCUCAAACCCUAACUAUAACCUGAAAACCUAAGCCUAAAGGCAUAACCCUAACCGGAAAAUCGGAAAUCAUUAACCGGUACCCUACUCCUAACCUCAAACGUAAAAUGGAAGCCAAAUGGGUCAGAUGUGAUUAUGGAGCCCCACAAAAUAACCCCAGUAAGCAACCCCCAGCCACCUGUAAUGCGGGUCCGGGCUACCAACUGCGAUCUAGCCGUGGCCUCUAUGGCAGUCGGACGAACGUGGGAUCCAUAUCCGCUCCUUUUCUUCUGUGAAAACCUGGUAAUGCUCGUAUGGUCCUGUCAUGCAUGGCACGCGUAGACGGACUCGCUUACGGUCGCCCUGCCGCCGAUACCUAAACAGACGAGGGAGGGGAGAUAGCGCGUGAGAUGCUGUGCAAGUCUGCUACCGCUAUAAAACUAACCCACACGCAAAUGACCGUCCUGUGCCCACCAUGAUGUAGUGCACACAGCAGACAUCGUAGUGCGCGUGUCGAACUGUCAACCGCCUAGAUGGCGUUAGAAAUUCGGACUGCCGCCUCCAGCGCCUGUUAGGCUCCAUUCGCCUGCGGAUCGUGUGUGGCACGCGUAGACAGCCCUUUAAUUUUGUCUGCCGUCGCCCUCACUCACCUCCGGUCGCCUUGACAUGGUCUUGCCAUCGGAACAAGGUGGGUGGGGGAAGAGCGGGUGCGGUAGAUGCUGCGAAAGUUCGCUCCAUUUUUAGUUUAUUAACGCGUAAGUCACCGGCGCUGUAAGGUGGGUGGGGGAAGAGCAGGUGCGGUAGAUGCUGCGAAAGUCCACGUGUGAGUCACCGGCACUGCGCCCACUUCAUAAGGCAAGCAGUGGACGUCGUCACUUGCGACGGUCGAACGGAAGGUUCAAUUUAGGACGGUAAGCAGUAGUUUCCUCGCAGGCGAGAACUACCUCUAAAGUUUAAUUUUAGCGGAAACAUUCUCAUCAUCUCCAAACGGACCCCUUUAGUUUGCGCAUUUUUAUCCGCCUAUGAGCAUAAAGUCAUCUUAAGACCUCUCUGGUUUCUUUUAGUGGCUUGAAUUCCUACGCCUUAUGACCGAGGGCACACAAACUCCAAGUCAACGUCUAAGGUAAGCCAACUAACUCAUCCCUCUUCCUCCCACCAAUACUUCACCCACCCCUAUGCCUUCUUUCAUGCUCCUGAUCACACUUGACGCACUAACAAUCGAUCUCUUAUUCGAUGUUCGAGUAUUCAGUUUAAAUUAUUCAGUAUUAAUUCCUAUUUCCUCCUGACAUACAAUGCGUGACCGUUGGCCAAAAUUCUGGGUUGCAUUUCCGAUUAGGAAGGAUUACUUAAGUAGGGUUGUUAUACUGAUCAGCAUGCAGCAUAAGUCUAUAACAUUCCGUACUCGCCAGGAUGUCGGCUUUUGACUGCAUUUCUUUUUGACCUCCUGUAGAAACCACAAGCGGUAAAAAUGACUACUUAAGUGUCAUGCAUUUUUCCUAUUGAUAUUCGAUGGUUUAAUAAAUUCAAAUAAAUUUUACAGAAAAACAUGCAAAAAAUAGGCUUUCUUUUGCUCAUUUGGUAGGAAUUCACAUUGUCUUCAUAUUUGUGCCCGAAGAAUGUGUAUAUUUCGGUUUUAAAAGUUUCUAAUUAUGAGAUUUUUAAGACCGUGUGAUGUCCAUGCAUACAGAACCGCACAUGCCCGUUUAUUAACGCUCUUCAUGAAAUAUACAACACAGUCCGUAUCUAUUGCAAAACUUUAUGAACUCUUAAACAAUCCUUCCUAAUCGGAAACGCAUUCCAGAAUUUUGGCCAGCACUGUAUCUAGUCACCCUGGUCUUUUCUCGUAAACCAUCAAUUUCGAAAGCCCCCAUUUUUAAAGACACAGACUUUGCCCCAUCGUGCAUGCAAAUUUGCAGAUAUGAUGUUGUCUGGCCUUUUACCGAAAAUAUUAUAGGUUUUGUGUUUGUCCUAUUGACUGUUCUUUGCUGUUUCUGAGCCAGCUGUGUGCAUUUAGAGUUGAGGAUUAAUUGUGUAGGGCCAUUGAGAAAAUAAGCACAGGGACUCCCCUAAUUUGAGAAGGGUGUUAACACCAAUUUUAUCAUUUGGGCUCAUGGACGCGUCACUUGACGGAAUCUGCGGAGGGCAUUGAGAAGACUCAUUUAUGUUUUUUGCUUGCCUUAUUACUAACGAGGUACCGGCACAAGGCAUGCAAUUUGAAUGAUAAUUAGGGACGUGUAAACAGACGAGAAACAGUUAAUCCGAAGUUAUUGGUUAAAAAAGGCCAUAUUGGGUGGGGCGAUAUGUUACAGGCAAUAUAAACCCUAAUAAUUAAUCCAACCCUAAACUUAACCCUGGCCUUAACCCUAGGUGUGAUCAUUUCCCUAAAUUUAACCGCAACCUAGAAUAAUAUGUCUACCUAAAUCAAAUAAGUAGGUAUGCUAUAGUAAUAAAUAACUCGAGAUCACGUAAUCGUUCCGCUUUCAAGCAAUCCUCUUUUUCCCGUUUAUCCACUGCGAAUUCACUCCUAUCCAGUGUUGUUUGUACCCACUUUUCUGAAACAUUCUGUUGAACCUUAGCUGUGACCGCUGUAUGAACCAUGCGCGUCCUUGUCGUGGGCGUUGUGUCCUCGUCCCGGCAAAAUGAAUCGAGGUUUACACAGUCAUCUGUGCGGUUUCGUUCGUUUGUCUCUUCACCCGCAUAGAGUCCGGCAUUAUUUCCAAGCCAUACCUAACUGUAUAAAUAUUCGGCCGCCUCUCAAACUUGCGCAAUCUUGCUGGUGGCGCUUUGAUUCUAGAUUCCGAUUGCUCCCCGCAUAAUCAUCGACUCUAAGUCUUGCGUAAACAAAUACAGGUGUCCCUAGUUGGUAAUCUGAGAACGUAGAUCUCUUUGGAACCUAGGCAACCUAUACAUCAUGCGGCAUGAACGUCCAAAAAUUGAGGAGAAAAUUACACGGUUUACCGAUGUAGUCGGCCCUGUGCUGAUGGGAUAUUUGACUGACCUUCCUACCACAGCCGUUUGUAGCAGCCUGACGGACGCAAUAACUGUGACUUGAUUGCUCACCGCGUUGGCAAGCGGCUUCGGUCUGUUGACAGACAGCUUG